AUGACGCAGCUCUUUGCGUCUAGUCCCUCGGCAAUGAACGAAAAGCGUGGGAAUUUCCCCGGUCUUUCCCUCCCUACCCGUAAACACUCCAAUGAGUCGGGCCAUCUCCAAUCCAGAAUCAAGAACUUUUUCCGGAUCAAUAGCUCCAGCAGUCACUCCUCGUCUCAUGCCAGUAGCCAGUCUGGUCAUGAUCAGCGCGAGAAGGAGGCCCAAGGGGCUCCCGCCAAAAACGAAAAGUCCAGCGCUUUCCGACAAUCUCGCUUCCUGCCAACUAUCGGUCGCAACCGCUCAGCAACCUGUGCCAGUGAAGGAAACGCUCUGGAAGAUGGCGUGUCACCCACCGCUACCGCGAAUCCGUAUUUCGCCCACCAGGGCCAACCGGCAUUGAGACACCGAAACGAUGGGUCUGUGCCCUCAUCCCCACCCGAUACCCCCGAGUUGCAGGUCACCGGGGUUUCAGCCGAGGAGCAGGCGACCACGGCCAACAAAGAAGAACUUGCGCGCAAGUUGCGUCGUGUCGCGUCCGCGCCCAAUGCACAAGGCUUAUUCAACAGUGGCCAGGGCGAUGGCCGACCUCAGACUGCAGAGAUGGGCAAAGAACCUCUCGAGUCAUCGGUCGCUGGCCUCAGUCUGGCUGAGAUUGAUGCUACUACCGCCCUUGCGGUGCCUACCAUCACUGGGGAUGGCUUCCGUCGGACAUACAGCUCGAAUUCGAUCAAGGUCCGCAACGUUGAGGUGGGCCCCGCCAGUUUCGAUAAGAUCAAGUUGAUUGGCAAGGGUGACGUCGGCAAGGUCUACUUGGUCCGGGAGAAGAAGUCAAGCCGCUUGUAUGCGAUGAAGGUGUUGAGUAAAAAGGAGAUGAUCAAGCGCAACAAGAUUAAGCGCGCCUUGGCUGAGCAAGAAAUUCUGGCUACUAGCAACCACCCCUUUAUUGUUACCCUAUACCACUCCUUCCAAUCUGAAGAUUACUUGUACCUUUGCAUGGAGUACUGCAGCGGUGGAGAAUUCUUCCGAACCCUACAGACUCGACCAGGCAAGUGCAUCUCUGAGGACGCUGCCCGGUUCUACGCUGCCGAGGUCAUUGCUGCUUUAGAGUAUCUGCACUUGAUGGGCUUUAUCUACCGAGAUCUCAAGCCAGAGAAUAUUCUUCUCCACCAAUCAGGUCAUAUCAUGCUUUCGGACUUUGACUUGUCCAAACAAUCAGGGCCCGGUGGUGCUCCCACCAUGAUCCCUGGCCGCAGUGGAGGUACCUCCUCGGCUGCACUGCCCACUAUUGAUACGAAGUCUUGCAUUGCUGACUUCCGCACCAAUUCCUUUGUCGGAACGGAAGAGUACAUUGCGCCCGAGGUCAUCAAGGGAUGCGGUCAUACCAGUGCAGUCGACUGGUGGACUUUGGGCAUCUUGAUUUAUGAGAUGCUGUACGGAACCACGCCAUUCAAGGGCAAGAAUCGAAAUGCAACAUUCGCCAGCAUCUUGCGGGAUGAUGUACCAUUCCCUGAGCACUCAGGGGCCCAACAAACCUCCAACCUCUGCAAGUCUUUGAUCCGCAAGCUUCUGAUCAAGGACGAAACUAAGCGUCUUGGCGCUCGUGCCGGUGCAUCUGAUGUCAAGACCCACCCCUUCUUCCGCACGACUCAGUGGGCACUUAUCCGUCACAUGAAGCCACCCAUGAUCCCGCACCAGGGCCGUGCUGGUACCGAUACUAUCAAUUUCCGCAAUGUUAAGGAGAGUGCUAGCGUGGAUAUCGGCGGUACAGACUCCACAAAGAUGAAAGGUGUGCCGAUGGACUCGGGUCUUGCGACUCCGAACGGCGAAUUGAAUGAUCCUUUCGAGGAGUUUAACAGCGUCACCCUUCAUCACGAAGGUGACCACUGA